AUAGUCUAAUUUUAACAGCCGGUACGAAACAAACCGUGCGUGUGUCUUUCUUUUUUUUUAUUUAAAAAUAAAGUGCAUUUUUUUACUUCUAAAAUAAUUUUAUCAUCAAAAUUCAUCUAUACAUAUAAAUGAUGCCUUUCAGUAAAGAGAAAAAUCGUCGCAUUUAUAUAACGGCAUUAGUAAUAUCAUUCUUAUUGAUUGUCGGUUCAAUUUAUUUGCAUUUGAGACAAAAAACUCAUUUGGGCCGCAUGAGUUUUAAUUUAGAUCGUGAUCGUGUUAAACCAACCAGUGGCGUUGAAACGACAACGUGGAACAAUGAUUAUGAUUCGAAAUACGUAAAAAUAACUGACGAAAUGUUAGACUCCCAGGAAGAUGAUACUGAUGUUGACAAUGACAUACUGGAAGCAUCAUCCCCCGAAGACGAUGAUGAUGAUCAAAAUAAAUUUGAUAGUGAAAAUAUUAACGAAGAUCUUGAUGAUGAUAUAGAUGAAAAUUCCAGUGAUGAUGAAGAUACAAUGCAUAUGAAAUCUAAAGAAAUUUGGUCACAUGAUUAUAAUGAUAAAGAAAUAAAUAAAUACGGUGAAUAUUCAGAAGAGGAUAAUAUGGAUGAUAUCGAAGAAAAUUCCGAGCCUAAAAAAAUAUCUAUGCCACCUAACUCCAGUAUGUGUUUCAGAUGCCUUUGUAUGACGGUGGACGAAUGUCAACCAACUUUUUGCGAUUCAGGUAGACCAUGUGGCAUAUUUAGAAUAUCAAAAUCAUAUUGGGUGGAUGGUGGUAAACCAACUAUAGCUGGGGGCAGUACCAGUAACGAAGAUCAAGAUUAUUUGACCUGUAUUAAUGAUGCCAUGUGUUCCUCGGCUGUAAUACGUGAGUAUUAUAACCGCCAUAAACAAGAUUGUAAUAAAGAUGGCGUUUUCGAUUGUAAGGAUCAAAUUGCUUUGCAUCUGCUGGGACCAUCAGGUUGUCUUACACAAAAUCUUAGCGCAAUUCAAGAUGAACGCAUGAAACAUUGUUUUAUUGAAAGUAAUUUGGAUUAUCAAUCCUAUUCGUGGGAAGAUGAAUAUUAAAUUUAUUUAUAAGGCGACCUAUUAUUCCUAAACAAUUAAUUUAAAAAAUAUAGUUUUAAUGGUUUUAGUUUAAUGGUCUCAUUGUUUGAUUUUAUAAGUUUAAGUGUCUUUUUGCCUAUUAAUUUUUUUAUAUAAAUAUAAUUUUUGGAAUUAUAUUUAAAAUUUA